AACAAAUUUUAUCCUAUUUGAGUUAAAAAAAAAAAAAGUAAUGAAAUCCAACUUGCUCUAAUGUCGUCAUAGCUUGGAAUCCAUUAUGAACUAUAAUUUUCCCAGAAAUUUUAAAGGUUCCCAUUUGGUAGACGAAUGACGCGGUAAUUGGUCACUACCUUCUCAUAGCGACAUACACAGCUGCGAGCUACGGGGACAUAAAAUAGCGUAGAGACACACUUAUCUCUAAUCUCAACAAAGUGAUGGUUUUUUUGAGCUGGGGUCGCCCCUCUCCCCAAGACCAAAAGGCUUGCAUCCACAAGUCGGGUACUUUCAACUACGAUGAUAAAUAUAAAGGAGCUACUGCUAAAUCCGUGUCUUCCCUUAAAGCAGAUAAGGGGUUCUCCAAAGAUGGAUUUUUAUUAAAUAACGCGCGAGUUCUGGUCGGUUCUGGUAUUGACACUUUUGAAAAGGGCAAAAGUGCUCUCCGAAGUUGGAGGCAUUUUGGAUUGAAUUGGGCAUUUGUUGAUCCGAAAACACCAGUUCAACAAGGAACAAAGUUCUGUGUUUGUGUCAAGGAGUUCCUCCCAUGGCUAAUGAUGCCACUUCAGGUUUUGUAUGUAAAUGAAACUAGACCUGCCAAAAACCGUGUGGCCUCCUUUGGUUUCGGAAGUGGGACUCUUCAUGGCCACUUACUGGCAGGAGAAGAGCGCUUUUCAAUUGAGAUUGAUGAGAACAAUCAAGUUUGGUAUGAAAUACUUUCUUUCUCAAAGCCUGCCCACAUUUUAUCAUUUGUUGGGUACCCAUAUGUGAUGCUUAGGCAAAAAUACUUUGCUCAUGAAUCUGCGAAGGUAAUGCUGAAACAUAUCAAUUCUUCAAAAUCCUAAUAUAAAUAUAUACCUUAUUUGUAAUCACAGAAGAUUUGAGUCUCUAUUUACCUUUUGAUCCCUCUUUUUAAAUAAAUAUUCUGCCUCCUUUUUUCGUUUUGCAACAUUGUUUUUUAAAACCUUCCUUCUUUAAACUGUGUCAUGCUGUUUUGUUAACUUAUGGUGAUAGAUAGGAAGCUCGAUUGUUCUGUUACCAUUUUACAAUCCCGUGUCAAGGGUGUAAUGAAUUAUA